AUGAAUUUAAUUUUUAAUAUAAGUUUACUGUAUUUAUUUUCACUUUUCCCACUCUAUAAAAAUAAUCCCAUGCCAUUUAUUGAGUCAUGGUUAAAAAAAGACCAAAAUGAUGGCACCGUCGAAAGAGAUAUGACUAGCUCAUUAACCGGAAGAGAUGAAAGUUUUGGAUCCGCUCAUCAAAACUAUCAAAAUUCAUUGAUAAGAAAAAAAAAAUGUGAUGAUGAAAUGAUCGAUAUAAACUCAAAUAAAAAAAAAUUAAGUUCGAAAUUUGAUCGAAACGAAAAUUUCAAUCAACCGGAUGUGUCCUUAAAUACAAAGGAAAUAAAUUAUGUUAAAUACGAAGAAAAAAAUAAAAACGAUCCGACAUUUGACGAAUUGGACGAAACCGGAGAUUUUAAUAAUAAUAAUAAUUACCAUCCGAAACAAAUACAUUCGAAUGUUAAAAAUGAAGAUAACAUGAAUCGUCCUUUUUUAAAUAAUUUAAAAAAUGAUAAAUAUAUUGAUAUUGUUCCUUAUAAAGAUAUAUUACCCAAUAACAGAUUGACUAAUUCUCGUGGAAAUAAAGAUUUAAGUUUUUUUAAUGAAAAUUACGGGAAAUGGUCGGGAAAUGGUGAUAAAAUGAAAGAAUUAUAUUCUAAUAAUCCGAACAAUUACAUUUCGAGAGGAAAUUCAUUAAACGGAGGAAAUUUUAUGCAAAAUCCAAUGUCCGAUAAAGAUCCAUCGAAUAACGAGUAUAAUACAAAUGAUGAACCCGAAGGAAGAAAUCCACAAGUCGAAACCGAUUAUUACGAUUCGGAAACAAAUCCAUCCAUAACCGAUAAUGAAUUCGAUGAGGGAAACGAAUAUGGGGAUUCAUUUUCCGGUCGUUCUUUUCUGGAUAAAAGAGACGAAACGGCACAACAAAGAAGUUUACAAAUGAAUAAUAAUAAUAAAUAUCGAAGUCCUGGAAAUUCACAAAAAGCCAUUUACGAAGCUUUGAAAGUUAUGAAUCAUCGUGGUCCAUCUUAUCAAACCAAUCAAAUCCCGUUAUCAGAAUUUCAAAAAAAUCCAAGUUAUCAAAGAAAUUCCGGUCCUAAUUAUUUAUGGAACGUUAAUUCGAAUUUUCAAUCAAAAGCAUUGCAAGACGUAUUGAAAAAUUCACAGAAAGCUUUAAAAGAAGUACAAUUAUAUCAACAAAAACAUGUUCCCGCUUUGAGAUCGGAUAAUAAUUUGAAUUUUGAUGUGAGUCACGAAGUUAAAAAUUUCCCCAUGAUACAAUGGUCUGCCAACAAUUUAAGAUUCGAUGAAAAAAGAUUAAAAAGAGAGGAUGAAGAUGAGCAAAAAAAUAUGAAAACUGGUACGGAUGAAGGAGGAGGUGGUGAAUAUGAAGACGAAGAAGGAAAAGGACACAACGAUGAAGAAGAAUAUUAUGAAGAUGCUGAUUUGUCAAAUAACGAAUCGGGUAAUGAAAUUCAUUCAGCUGAUGAUGAUGAAGUUAAUAAAAAAUUGGUUAAGAGGGAAUUAAAUACAGGGGAAAAAUCAAAAAAAAAUUCCGGAAGAAAAGGUGUGAAAAUUUGGGAUCAGUGGGGUAAAUGGUCACCUUGUUCAGUAACUUGUGGUAUCGGCCGAUCUACUCGAUGGAGACAUUGUGUCGGUGGUGGUUGCGCCCAAGGUGAAAAAGAAGCACAAAUAAAAAGAUGUACUAAUCCUGCUUGUUAA